AUGUUGCUUUCCUUGGCCGUAGCCGGCCUCAUGGCCACCGUCACCACCGCCUGUUCCGGAGGCUCCAACGACGGCCAUGACGAUGGUCAUCCCCACACCAUCUCCCGCAGGUCGGCGUGUGUGCCGACAGAAUUCGACGUCUCGGUGAAUCUUUGCUGUUCCGGGAAUGAAACCCCGUGCGGAACUCAAGAACAAUUCGAGUCGGCGCUUGCCAUGGCUAACGAAAAAUUCGGACCGGCCAAGGUUAAAUUCACCCUGAAAAAGUUCAACAUCUUCCAAAACAACACCUGCACGGAAGCCGAUGUGACGCAGGACUCGGCUGCUGAAAUCAAGAAGACCGUAUGCGAGCAUGGCUCCGGCAUCAUCGACAUUCUGUAUCUGCCGACAAACCUGGGCCACGGUAUAUCCAAAGGAUUUAGCAACAUCCCCAACAUCACCAAUGGCUGGCCCAUUUCAGCAAUCCUCCACGGCAUCGACGGGCCUCGUAUGGCCAUGGACACCCUGACUGGUGUCACCGAUCAAUACGGAACAGUCACCAACGACCUGCUCCUCACUCACGAACUGGGUCAUGCUUUCGGCCUUUAUCACGACGAUGGUCACGAGGAUAGCCUGAUGUACCCCUCCGUCGGCCCGUUGACGGGACACAGGAAGAGCUUCAAAUAUGCCUUUAACGAGACCGAGAAGGACAUCAUCUGCUCGGUUGCGAACAAGCGAAAGGCAGAAGGGGGCGAGAUUCUGGGCGAUAAGCUGAAGUCGACGGGCCCGGCCGACUCGGCAGAGCCCGGUUCUGCGCCGACUCGACAACCAGUGGGCCCGAAGAAUGGCACAUAUGAUUCCGAACCGUUGUAUCCCAACCCCCAUGACGCCCAUAACGCGAACAAGACUCGUCCCUCGUGCGGACGUCAUCGCAAAGGCGCGCACAAGGGCUCUCACAAGGGCUCCGACAAGGGCUCCGUCCCGGGCCCGGCCACGCCUGCUGGUCAGCGGACGCCGAAUGCUCCACCAGCAGAUGGGUCGAUGCCCAUCGUCAACCCUUCCGGCGGAAACAACGGCCAGAUCUCGAACGGAGGGAACGGCCAACACCCUCACCCAAGCUCGCCCCAGGCGAACCAGUGCCUUUGUACUUGCCCGGGACUUCAGCAACCCCUUGCCGCCGCCGUUCUGCCUACCCGACCCGACCUUCUCUAUAUCCCGAAGCAGCCAGGAUACUCCCCGACUGGCUCAAACCGGGAUCAGGGCACAAAGAACCUGAAUGGGGGCUCGGACCAGACACCUUCGUCUGAAUCGAACGGGAACAACAAGCCGCAAGAGUCGCAAGAGAAGCAGCCUUCCGGUGCCGACAACGCCGAGCAGCCUUCCGGUGCCAAUAAUGCCGAGCAGCCUUCCGGUGCCAACAAUGCCGAGCAGCCUUCCAGUGCCGACAACGCCAACCCGCAGGCGCAAAAAGACCAACAACGCUUCUUCAAAGCAGGUGGACCGAAGAAGCAGGGUAACGCGGCACCGUGGUCCAUUGUGAACAAAAACUCGACCAUUCCUGCGUCCAACUCGACCGUGCCUACUUCCAACUCGACCGUGCCUACUUUCAACGCGACCGUGCCUACUUUCAACUCGACCGUGUCUGCUCCCGACUCGACCGUGCGUAUUCCCGACUCGACCGUGCGUAUUCCCGACUCGACCGUGCAUAUUCCCGACUCGACCGUGCGUAUUCCCGACUCGACCGUAUCUACGCCCGACUCGACCGUGUCUACGCCCGACUCGACCGUAUCUACGCCCGACUCGACCGUGUCUACGCCCGACUCGACCGUGUCUACGCCCGACUCGACCGUAUCUACGCCCGACUCGACCGAGUCUACGCCCGACUCGACCGAGUCUACGCCCGACUCGACCGAGUCUACGCCCGACUCGACCUUGUAUAAGCCCGAUUCGACCGAGUCUAAUCCCGACUCGAACGUGCGUACUUUCAAAUCGACCAAAGCAACAUCCCCUGACUACUAG